GGGGAUAAAACUGCAAAAGUUGCAUCAUGGCUUCUUUUCGUGAAUUGCCUUGACGACGAUGGUAAUCUCAAGAGCACGAGUCUACUAUCACGGACGCAGCUGCACAACAUGGAACGUCGUCGUUGUGCACAUAUUGAGACCGCUAGCAGAUUUUCGUUUAAUCGAAUGUGGACUCAUGACGAGGUUAAUCAGUACCUGCAAAAUGAAGUGUUUCCAUUGCCAUUUGAAUAUGUUAAUUCAAAAGAAAAAGGAAUUGGAAUUGGCACACCUUCGUGCCCGUGGGUUUUAAUAAGCAAAGAGAGGCUCCGAUACGAGGUCGUAAAUGUCAACAAGCCAACCGGCAGUGAUCUUGCAUGA